AAGGCAGAUUACUGUGAUUGACACUCCAGGACUGUUUGAUACUGGAGUUGGAAAUGUGGAGAUCCAGAAGGAAAUUACUAAAUGCAUCUUUAUGGCAGCUCCAGGUCCACAUGUGUUUCUGCUGGUUCUGAAAGUCAGACAGAGAUUCUCAGAGGAGGAAAAAGGAACUGUAGAGAUAAUCCAGAACAUUUUUGGAGAAGAGUCAGUGACCUACACCAUGCUGCUGUUCACUGGAGGAGAUCUUCUUGAAGACAUGAGCAUUGAAGAGUACUUUGGAGAAGCAGGAUCUGAUAUUAGAAAUCUGAUUGAACAGUAUGGGAACAGAUUCCACAUCUUCAACAACAAACAGAUCAGAAACAGAACCCAGGUCACUGCUCUACUGGAGAAGAUCGACUCCAUGCUGGCAGUGAAUGGAGGGAGCUGCUACACUAAUGAGAUGUUCCACCAGGUGGAGAAAGAAAAUCAGGAGAGAAUCCUGAAGGAGAAAGAGGAGGAGAUCAAGCGAGAGAAAGAAGAACUGAGAGUCAGAUUUGAAGCAGAGAUAGAAAGAAUGAAGACCACACUUCAGGAGGAAAUCAAAUACAAGAGAAAGAGAAGAGAGGAAGAGUUUAAAGAGAGAGAACAUCAACUGGAGGAAAAACACAGACAUAGAGGAGAGGAAUAUGAAAACAGAAGAAAAGAGGAUGAGAAAAGAACCACAGAGAGAGAGAGAGCUAUUUUCUCCCUGCUGGAGAGACAGCAAGCAGAAUUUGAGAGGCAAAGAUAUGAAGAUCAAAAAAGGAGAGAACAGGAGGAUGAGAAAAGGAGAGAGAGAGAAGAGCGAGAGGAGGAGAAAAGGAGAGAGAGAGAGAAUCGAGAGGAGGAAAAAAGGAGAGAGAGAGAGAAUCGAGAGGAGGAAAAAAGGAGAAAUAGAGAAGAGCGAGAGAAGAGAGAAUGGGAGGAGAGAAGAGAAGAAUAUAAAGAAAGAGAAGAAUAUAAGGGGAAGUUAGAGGAGCUGAAGAGGAAUCUUGAAGAGAAAGAGAGGAAGAGAAGUGAUCUGAAGCAGAGAAUAAAACUCUUAGAAGAGAAACACAUGAAGGAACUUGAAGAACUAAAACACCAUCUGGAGAUCCGAAUCCAAGAGGAAGUAAAAACUAAAGAAAAGCUGAUUGAGGAACAUCAGGAGGAAAUAGAGAGAGUGAGGAAGAGCAUGGAGGAGAAGGAUCUUCAGCUGAAGAAGACGAUGGAGGAGCUGGAGAAACGAGCCGGUGGAAAUGGUCGAAAGCAGUACCAGAAGAAACAGAAUGAAGAAAAAUCAGAAGUCUUGAAUAAAAGAUUAAUAGAAGACCUCUUCAGGAAUCUUGGACUUGAGGACACAUUUAAGAACAGGCUUAGCAGAGCUCACUUUCUCGAAAUAACCCCAUCAUCAUUGCACAAUGAAAAUCCCAAAAACGAACAAUGUCUUGUUCAUGCUUUCAUGCAGCAAAUUUUAAAAACAGAUUACAGAGGAAGACGUUUAUCUGUCAAAUCAGAAAGACCAGCACCAAAGUCUCAACACACAGCUGGUAAAGAUGUGUUCGGUGCUCUUUUACAAAAAAAUGCUGGAAACAAAGAAAACAAACCGACUCAAGUUCAUCCAAUGGAUGUUCAGAUGGCAGUGUUCCUCUGUUCAGAUGCUUUUCUUCAGCAGAUCAUGGUAACUAAGCUCUCUCAGUGUCAGUAUGCAGUUCCUCUGCUGAUUCCAAAUCCUUUUACUGGAAAUAUUGAAUUCCCUCGUUGGACGAUGCGCCAGAUCAAUAAGAGCUGGAAGACCACAGAUACUUCAGGCAGAGUCAUCAGUAAGACCCUGCCCAUGUACAAAGCUCAAACUCCAAUGGUGACGUUUUUCAAGAUUGGCUCCAUUUCCUCAUCCAAGUCUCAGCUGAUGAACAGGCUGAUCAAUGAGAAGCACGACACGUUCUUCCACAGCGACUGUCCAGGCAGCAGCAGAGAGCGUCUACUGAUGGACGGAGUGGUGGAGAUCUUCUGGUACCUCCCAUCUGGAAAAAGCACUGAUCAUUUCUCAGACUGUGUAGCGUUCUGUAAUCUACAUGGAGAUUCCAGCAUCAACAAGACUCAGAGAAAGAUUCUUACUGAAAUGUCCUCUGUGAAUGUUGUACUUUUACCUCAACUUGAUGAGAAUGACAACACUAUGGUAAUUGUGAAGGAACUUUGUGAAGGUUUAAAACCUCUCAUUGUUGUUCUGACUGAUGAAGAGGAUGAUGAUGAUGAUGAUGAUGAUGAUGAUGAAGAUGAUGCUGUGUGUGAGAUCGGAGAAGGGAAAUACAGAGUAUCACUGAAGGGCAGAAACCAGUCUGAUGUUUCUGUUGCUCUUAGAGAAGUUAUUAAGGACUGCCUCUCAGAACAGCCUGUGACUUUCAGUCUGGAGAAGAUAGCAGAACACUCAGAGAUUAAGGUGGAUGAGGAAAAUGAAGACUGUCAGAUAGGAAAGGAAACUGCACAAGCGAUGAUGAGAUUCCUGGAGAGAGAAGAUCCAUCAACAGUCAAAGAAAAGUAUCUGCCCUGCCAGGGAAAACUGUGGCAUGACUGGAGCCAGAAAAACAAGGACCUGCGACGUCUUAAAAGUGACAACUUAGAAUCAGAGAAAGGCGAGAAAGAAAAAGAGUUAAGAGAAAUAAGAAGGAAACAGCUGGCAUGUGGUUUCAGUGAACUCAUGAAGUUAUUUGUAGGAAGUUUAAGGUCACUGUCAGACAGUGAGAAAAAGUAUUUUCUCAAGUGGACGACAAUCCUGCUAGAUGACUUCACUUCAGAUACACUCUCUGACAUCCUUCAGGAUCUAGAAAAGAUCUCCAACAAGCUUAUUGCUGCCACCUUUGGAUUGGAGCACAUACUGAGAGAGAUGGGUCAGAUUUAUGAAGCUUCAGUCUCUGAGAGAAGAGAGGAUAGAGUGAAGGAUGGAGAUCUUUCUUACCUUCCUGAACUUGCUGCUGAACUCAUGAUAUCUGGCCACCAGAUGGAGCUGAUGGACGGUGAUGCUGCUCAUGUUCCUCUGGUCUGGGUUUCAGCAGUUCUGGAUGAGGUCAUCAGAAAACUGGGAGACCAGAGAGUCUUUGUGUUGUCAGUUCUGGGAAUUCAGAGCUCGGGGAAAUCCACCAUGCUCAACGGCAUGUUCGGACUCCAGUUUGCAGUCAGUGCUGGAAGGUGCACCAGAGGAGCCUUCAUGCAGCUGGUGAAAGUGUCUGAAGAGAUGAAGGGGAAAUUGAAAUUUGACUACAUUCUGGUUGUUGAUACUGAAGGUCUCAGAGCUUUAGAGCUGGCUGGAACAGAUACCAUACAUCAUGAUAAUGAACUGGCAACAUUUGUUGUAGGUCUUGGAAACAUGAAUUUGAUCAACAUCUUUGGAGGAAACCCAUCAGAGAUGCAGGACAUCCUUCAGAUUGUUGUUCAGGCCUUCAUGAGGAUGAAGAAGGUCAGACUGAAGCCCAGCUGUAUGUUUGUUCAUCAGAAUGUUACUGAUGUUGCAGCUGGAGAGAAAAUGAUGGAGGGAAGAAGCAGAUUACAAGACAGACUGGAUGAAAUGACCAGGUUAGCUGCUAAAGAGGAAGUCUGUGAUGCAGAAUGUUUCAGUGAUAUCAUUGCAUUUAAUGUACAGAAGGAUGUGAAGUAUUUUUCUCAGCUCUGGGAGGGCAGCCCACCCAUGGCUCCACCAAACCCACACUACAGUGAAAAUAUUCAGGAGCUGAAGAGAGACAUUGUUUCUCGUGCAUCAAAAACAAACUGCAUGAAAUUAUCACAGUUUCAGCAGCGAGUGAAAGAUCUCUGGGAGGCUCUGCUGAAUGAAAACUUCGUCUUCAGUUUCAGGAACACACUAGAGAUAUCAGUGUACAGGAAACUGGAGGAGGAGUAUGAGAAAUGGACCUGGAGUCUCAGUAGUGCCAUGCUGAGUAUUGAAGACAAGAUGCUGAACAGAAUCUCCAGUGGAAAAGUGGAAGCAGUGGGAAAACAAGAGCUGGUGAGAGAAAUGUCAGAGACCCUGCAGAAAGUACAAACAGCAUUUAAAGAGUAUUUUGAAGAAGACAGUGAAAAGGAAACUCUGAUUCAGUGGAAAAGCAGAUUUGAGAAACAAAUAGAACACCUCCAUGAUGACCUUGUAGAUGAGGCCAAAAGAAAACUGGAUGAGAACAUUAAACAGAAAAACAUCCGGAAAAAUCUGGAUCAGCAGGUGAAAAAUCAUGAGAAGAUCCUCUUUGACAAAAGUAAAGAACUCGCUCUGAAGCUUAAAGAAGACAGGAGCAAAAACAGAGAUCCAGAAGCAGAAUUUGAUUCAGUGUGGGGAAAGUGGGUCACUGAAUUAACUAAAGAUGUUCCAAAAAUCAAAGAUAUAAACAUCUCAAAUGAUGUCAUUAACAUUUUGGGGGGAGUGUUUUCUGAAUACGGUCUUGUUCUUGAUCUAAAGAAAAGAGCAGAGUACAGAAAGAUUCACACUUCUGCUGAUUACAGCAGUUAUGUUUCUAUAAAAGGGGUAAAGUUGGGACCUGUUCCUUUUUGGGUAAAGUUUCUUAAACCAGAAGAUCAGAUAUCAAUACGAGAGCUGAUUUCUAAAGUCAUCCAACAAACAACAGAAAAAAUUGUCUCAUUUCCAGUCUCAGUGCAGGGAUACAGCUCAGGCUAUAUCCAGGAGAUUGUACGUGAUGUCAAACAACGAGUGCAGGAGUUUAAACCAAGACAUGACUGCUUUGAGUUUAAGAAAGAGUUCUUUGUUGAUCUCUCUCUUUAUGUGUGUGAACAAGCUGAGAAACGCUUUGAGGAACUUCACAGGAAAUACAGAGAAGCAAAUGAUCCAAUUCUUCACUUCAAAAAGAAAAAAGCUGAGUACUUUAAAGUCUUCAUGAACUACUAUCGGGGAGCAACAUCUGCAGCAGUGCUUGGAGACCAAAUCUGUGUUAAACUGAAAGAAACAAUCCUGCAGAGUGUGUACAACAUGACCGCUAUCUUCAUAUGUGUUCAGUUGGUAGGAAAACCUCCAUUUAAUGGGAACAGAGGAGAUCUGGAGAAGCACAUUCUGAAAUAUCUGGCGGAGCAGGAGGGAGAUAAGGAGGAGAAGUUUAAAAACUUCUUAACAUACAUUUACCAGCCCAAGACAUACUUUGAAAAUUUCAUCAGAGACAGAGUUAGACAGUACAUGGCAGCAGAAAAUCCUCAGACAGUUUCUGUAAUAAAAGAACACAUCGACCACAAACAGAGAAUUAUCAUCAGUGCAGCAGAAAUGGCCAGAGAUGAAGUCAAACUCAUCAGUGGAGAUAUCAACAAGUGGCUGGAGAUUUUCUCUAACAGCCUUGUAGAUGAGUUAGGAGAAACCAGAGUUUACCUGAGUGAUAAAGUCACUAAGGAUGUCACUGAUUAUGAUGUUCUUGCAGAUGUUAUUAAAAAAGAGCUCUUGGUUGCUGUUGAAGAGCUGAAAAGAAGCUUCUGUACGUUUUCAGAUCUGAGAAAGGAGAUGUUCAGAGAAAAGCCUGAGGAGAUUCUCAUUAAACACUUCUGCAGGGGCUGCUGGAAGCAGUGUCCCUUCUGUGGAGCCAUCUGUGCCAACAGUCUAGAAGAUCAUCUUGGAGAUCACCACACUGAAUUUCAUCGCUCAGGUUGUAUGACUGGAAAGAGUCGUAUGUAUACAGCUGAGUUUGAUAUAGGAUUUUGUACAAUAUCAGUAGACAGUGACAGAUCUUUUUACUCACAGCAUAAUGCUAGUGUGUCUGUCCCGUGCAGGCAGUACAGAUCAGCAGGAGGAGAUUAUGCUGAAUGGAGCAUCUAUCCUGAUUUUUCUGAGCUGGUGUACUGGAAAUGGUUUAUUUGUGAAUUUCAGAAAAACCUUGAAAAAUACCACAACAAAACUUUCAGUGGAAGAGGAACAAUUCCUACUGCAUGGAGAAAAUACACUCUGUCUAACGCUGUUGCAAGUUUAGGAAUAAUAUAAUAAAUCUGAAGGAUUCUGACACUGGGAAAAUUGUUUUUUAGCAGAUAGGAUUAUAUACAAUAUCAAACAAGGACAAGACUAAUCAGAGAUGCAGCCAAGAGGCCCAUGAUCACUCUGGGUGAACUGCAGAGAUAAAAGUUUAAAGAUUGCCACAAGCCACCUGGGAGACUAAACAUGUAAAACAAGGUGCUUGUCAUCACGGUUUGGGCCUACUUUUCUUUAGCAGGGACAGGGAAGAUGGU